CAUCUGAAGCUCAUUUUGUACAAAUAUUCCAUAUUUUUGUCCACUUGAAACUUUUGAAAGAAUAACUAUUUGUCAUUUAUACCAAACAUUUGCAACAUAUAUAAGAUCUCUUGAUACCAUUAAAGGUGUAUAGAAAAUGAUUUUCGUAUUGUCACAAUUGGAGGAGAUAGAUACAUAUUUAGGUGGCCUUGUUUAAGCGAAACGCCACGUAUACGUCGGUUGUUCGUGGUAUUCGAUGAACACUAUAUUCUUUUGUCUUGUCUCUUCGGCACGCAGUUUAGUCGAAAUCUGUCCACGGCAAGGUCGCCGGGCAUGAGUUUCUCGAAAUCAACUCCCGUUCGCAUCCAUGUUCGCAUGCAUUUUUCCGACCCCCACGUCGUAAUCGAUCAUCGAGUUUAUCCCCUUCAUCCGGCAUGUAACUAACAUAAGCAUUAAGCAAUGUACGUCGUGGAGCGCAUUUAAAUCCAAAUUAUAAAAAAUGUUAUAUCGGCACGACUCUGAGACAGCGGCAUCAUUCUAGCAAAGUUAUACCGAGACCGACAUACCAUUAAAUACCUAAAUGAAAAGAGGUAUUUUUCAUUCCGGAUACGAGUCCCCGAUUUCGAUUGUUCGACCAUUUUUUUGACGAAUCUGUGGUAAGAGGAACCCGGUCGAUAGUGCCAGAGAUCCGCAAAUACGAGGAGACGAACACGCCAAGUUCAAAAUCAGAAACACCGCCCGGUAAUGUAUUUUGAUCGCGGUCGCAAGGCAUCACGGCGCAUCGUACAUACGUAAGAUUGCAACCGGGUAGAUUGUUUGUAGUCGUGUCGCCAUUGAGAUGGUUUUAUGAUAGCCCCUUCUCCGCGUACCUUUAUAUCGAGACUGAAUGGACAAAGAGAGUAGCCUCCUCAAUGAGAUAAUACGCCUGGUCGUGCCUAAGCCAUUCAGGCCCGAAGUCGGAUCCAUCGAAUCGCGAAAGAUCGCGCUAGGUGAGGGUGGACACCGGUAGACCUCUGGCAGUCAUGCUCACCAUACAAAACGAGAUGUCGCCGCGUAACGGCUCGUGCGUGGCGGAAGUGAGCUCCGUGAGGAGUUUGUCGUCGGACGACGUCUCGGCGACGAAGCCGCACCGGAAGAAGUCCUGUUGGGCGCGCGCCACCGAUCCGGCCCAUCGUCGCGGCCGUCGAAUUCAGCUGCUGCAAAUGUUGGUGCUGCCGUUUAUACCGAUUCUCGCGCUGAUCGUUCAGACCGCCAACACGCUACACGACAUCCUAAUUUAUCGGCAAGAGGUCUCGGACAUCGAGACCCAGGUAACAAUUGCCACGGACUUGGGAAAGGUAGUUACGAGGAUGCAGCUCGAAAGAUCCGAGGUUGCAUUCUACAUUUAUACCAACGGCAACACUCUCAGGUCGAACUUGACGCAGAGGUUCGCCAUAACCGAUCAGGCUCUUCACAAUAUGACUACGUGGCCCCUGGUCUCGGUGCCGAGGGACGAGAGCAAGACGCAAACCUAUGACGUGGUCAGCAAAGAGGCCUUUCAAGCACGUCUCGAGGAUUUCAGACAGAAGAUCAGUUCAGAGGAGAGCAGCAUCACCGAGGUGAUGGCGUGGUAUACGAGCGUAAAUGCAGCGAUGUUGGACCAUCUGACUAAUCAGAUCAAAGAGACGGACAACAGCGGUGUAUGGAGGUAUUUGAUAGCAUUUAAAAAUUUACUAAGGAGCAUCGAGAGCCUGGGUAUUGCUUCCGUGUACGGAAUCAAUUACUUUGGACGCGGAAUACUCGUCGGGGAUAAUUACGUCAGCUACGUACGCCACGAAGCUCUUGGACGCGACCUUCUCACCGGGUCCCUUACAUAUGUGCCUUCUCUAAAGCAUUUUUACGCGGAGCUCACUCGCACCAUGCCCGAUUACAGUAGAAUAAAAUCUAGACGGAACGAGAUUCUGAAAAACCAAAAACGAGAGCCGAGCGUGGAUGACGCGAUCGUUUAUUUCGAUUCGAUGGCGACCUACGUGGACGAGUUGAGGAAACUUCAGCGAGAAUUGCGCCGUAUGAUAAGGAAUUAUGUGAAUUCAACCUUGCAAGAUGCAAGCAAUAAGGAAGUUGCCGGAAUAGCUAUAGUCGUUCUAGUGUUGGUUGUUUCCCCUAUCAUUAUAAUACUAGUGCGUAACGCGGUUGCUACGAUACAAAUGUAUGCUGCUAAUCUGGCGCAAAAAGCACGGGAACUUAAACAGGAAAAAGGGAAGAGCGACACGUUGCUUUUCCAAAUGUUACCCCCCAGCGUCGCUCAGCAAUUGAAGCAAACUCAACAGGUCCCGGCCGAAUAUUACGAAGCAGUGACUGUGUACUUCAGCGACAUCGUUGGAUUCACCGAGAUCGCUGCCGAAAACACACCUCUGGAAGUUGUAACGUUUCUGAAUUCGAUUUACAAACUUUUCGAUGCCCGCAUCGAAUGCUACGAUGUGUACAAAGUGGAAACUAUCGGUGAUUCGUACAUGGUUGCUUCCGGGUUGCCUGUUAGAAACGGCGACAAACAUGUAUCGGAGAUAGCGACAAUGGCGCUCGAUCUUCUGGCGGCAUCGUCGGUGUUUCAGGUACCAAAGAGACCAGGAGAACGGCUUCAAAUCCGAAGCGGUGCUCAUACAGGACCUGUCGUUGCUGGAAUAGUCGGAAGCAAAAUGCCCCGUUACUGUCUGUUCGGUGACACGGUGAAUACGGCGAGUCGUAUGGAAUCAACCGGGGAAGCCCUGCGAAUACACAUCAGUUUGGAGAUGAAAAAAGCUUUGGACGCUGUGGGCGGAUUCAAAAUCGUGCACCGCGGUUUGGUGGAUGUAAAGGGUAAAGGGCUAAUGGACACCUACUGGCUGGAAUGUAAAGAUGGUGGUAUCGCCCGUGCGGCGGAAUUAGAUCUGCCGUCGUUCUUCGAGGACGUACGACCAGUUUUCAUACGUCGUCUAAGGGAAGAGGGCACCCUCUGA